AUGUUUCCGCCCUUCCAGCUGCCCAGGCCUGCUAGGAACGCUCACGCCAACCUAGCUAAGGCCACCCCCGAGAAUGCCGGAACAAUCGCCAAGCGUAUGGCCCUCGCCAAGUCGGUUCACCCUGACAGCGACUGGCUGCGUGAUGGCCUUUUCAUGGCGUGGCGUUACCGUAUCGAGAUUCCUGAGUUCGAGGACAAAGUCAAGGUUGCGCUGAAGGAGCUCAACGAUCACCGCGCUCUCUGCAAGCAGCAUGGGAUGGGCAAGGUUGAUGCCGGUGGUUUCACCCUCCGCAGUCUGGAAAAGAGCCACCAGUGGGCGGUGGAUCGUCUGGCAACGCAGAAGGAGUGGUCUCGCGAGGCUGACCAGCGCUACGUGGCAGCUUAUGUAGAGGAGGACUACGGCAGGCGCAAGUACCCGCACCUGGCGAAGAAGUGA